AUGCAGAUGGUAUAUAUCUCCUUCCUGGCGCUCCUCCUCCUCCUCCUGAGAAUGCCACCAUUUGCAGAUCACCGUGAUCUCUACGCGGUCAUUGAUAGUUCACCCUUUGGAGACGUGAAAUGGCAAUGUUUCAUGGUGGCCUAUGAUGGUGAGAGACCCAAAAAUCCCAAGCCCUGGAUGGAUGAUAAGUACGAUGUAUGGUUCCGUGACCCACGUGAGGUGACACGCAACAUGCUUGCCAACUCAGCAUACGCUAAUGAAUUUGACUACUGCCCAUAUCGAGAAUACUCUAUGGAGAACGAUCAGUGUCAGUGGAAGGAUUUCAUGUCAGGCAACUGGGCCUGGGACCAGGCAGACGAAAUUGCUAAAGAUCCAAACACGCUCAGCUCGACGUUCGUCCCUAUAAUCCUCGGUAGUGACAAAACAACUGUUUCAGUCGGUAUGGGGAAUAAUGAAUAUUACCCGCUUUAUGCGUCAAUCGGGAAUAUUUGCAACAACGUUCGACGAGCCCAUCAUGAUGGACUAGCGAUUAUUGGGUUUCUCACUAUGCCAAAAACUACAAAAGAACAUGCGGAUGAGCCAACCUUCCGAAAUUUUCGUCAACAAUUAUUUCCCUCGUCACUCUCAAAGAUUCUCAGUUCGCUUAAGCCAGGCAUGACAACACCCGAAGUCGCACAUUUUGGAGAUGGUCACUACCGGCAAGUUGUAUAUGGGCUAGGACCUUACAUCGCAGACUACGAGGAGCAAGUACUAUUGACGUGUAUUGUUUGUGGUCAGUGUCCUAAAUGUAUGGCACCUCAUGCCAAUCUUGAUCAAGACUCGUUGUGUCGUUGCCAUGACUAUGUAGAGGCACUUAUUGAAGAAGGUCCCUUGGGUAACUUGUGGAAUGAAGCAGGGAUAGUUCCAGAACUUGUGCCAUUUACAAACAACUUCCCCCGAGCCGAUAUAUACCAAAUGAUCUCACCCGACAUCCUCCAUCAGCUCAUCAAAGGUGCCUUCAAGGACCACCUUGUGGAAUGGGUCGAAAAAUACCUCAGACACCAAAUUUUAGAUGAUAUUGAUCGCAGGAUUGCCGCUGUGGCCCCAUUUUCAGGCUUGCGACGAUUCCUUCAGGGACGUGGCUUCAAGCAAUGGACGGGAGAUGACUCUAAGGCCCUGAUGAAGAACUUACUAAUUCAACAGGUCUAUUUGCCCGCAAUUGAGGGUCAUGUACCUACUGAUAUCGUGUGCGCCUUCCGUGCACUCCUAGAAUUUUGCUACCUCGUUCGCCACAAUAUCAUCACAGAGCAUGUUCUAGUUGAGAUUGAAGAUGCACUCUCACGGUUUCAUCAUUACCACGAAAUCUUCAAGACAUCGGGUACUAUUCCUACCUUCUCGCUGCCUUCAGCACAAGUUGAAUUCACACGUCAAGGGAUGUCAGCUGGCACCUGCCUCUCAGCAGCUAUGAAUGCCUUAGAACUCAGUAUACCUCGCCUUCCCGACCUCCUUGCACAGUUUUUAUUCCAACAAUUACACCCUGAUGAUCACUGCGACCCAUGUGAUGUACCUCUCGCGGAAUGUCCUCGCUAUCUCAACAAAAUAUUGGUUUUUAAUUCAGCCUCGUCACGCUUCUAUGCGCCCAGUGAUUUGAGCGGUAGCGGUGGCAUGCGCACUGAGCACAUCCACUCUUCUCCAUCCUGGUGCAAUGAGCACUCACGCUACGACUGUGUUUUUGUAAACACAGACUCCGAUUUACCUGGCAUGCGAGGCCUCAAGGUUGCUCGAGUUCGCACUUUUUUUUCAUUCAAGUAUCGGGGUAAUACAUAUCCCUGCGCCGUGAUACACUGGUUUGACAAGGUUGGUGACACUGCAGACGAAGAUAUGGGAAUGUGGAUCGUUAGUCCCACAGGUGGCGCAUCCAAGCACGCUGUCAUUCACGUCAAUGCUAUCUAUCAUGCUGCGCAUCUCAUUCCGGUGUAUGGCAUGGAGUUUUUGCCUCAGGGAUUCAAAUGCCAUGACUCAUAUGACACAUUUCGAACUUACUACAUGAAUAAGUAUGCUGACCACCAUGCAUUUGAGAUUGCAUUUUGA